UAUUUGAAAAGUGUCAGUUGAAGUCUAGACUCCUUCGUGUUGUUUUAUCACUAAUCUUUUCAAACAAAUACCUUUUUUGUGAUAUUAAUGACGGUUUUAUCACGAUGGAGGAAGAGGACAACACAGACAGAAAGCAACAACUCGCCAGACUCUCCCGAAAGCUCAACAAUAUUAAAAAAUCCCUCAAUGAAGAUGAUACGGAUAAUAUCAACAAGGUUAUUGGAUCAAACUCGCCAGGAUCUUGCUUCUCGUAUUUGAUGGCCCUGGAGAAGAAAGGAGACCCUCAUCUCGAUCACAACCACCUCAUUCGGCUCAUAGACUUUUACACCAGAGUCUUCUCCAGCUUGUCACUGGGGAAACAUUGUCAAAAUGACAGCUAUGCCAGGAUGUUAGUCAGAUUUGCAGAGUUGAAAGCAAUCCAAGAUGUCAACGAGGCAGAGUACAACUUCAACCUGGCCAGAUCUUGCAGUCAAAAUUUUGCAUUUGUUCACAUUGCACAUGCACAGUUUGAGCAUUCUCGAGGAAACACAAAAAGAGGCAUUCACAUUCUGCAAAAUGCUAUUGAUGUUGGUGCCAAACCCAAGGACCAGCUGGAGAGUGCCCUGCAGAGCAUGCAGAUGGGAAAGCCACGUUCCUGUGCAGAGGAUAAAGAGAAUGUACCAUUAUUUCCAAGCAGCUAUAUGCAGGACUCUGUCAAGGAAUCCCAGAAAGCCAGCAGAAUGUCCGAUGGCACAGCUGACUUGCAGCUCUCCGGUAUUUUCAGGAUGGAGAGCCAGCGAGAUGGAUCUUCUGAUGAAAAACUAUCUGGCUGGAGAUCAGGAUCUCAUCGCAAGAGAGCAGUCGGCCUACCAGGGAGGGUACCUGUGAUGCCUUUCUCCAUCCCAGAAAAGGAUGAUGAUGACGUCAACGUCAAUGGGGGUCCCCCCAAAAGAAAUGAUUUAUCCAUCCAUUCAAGUCUGUCAAGACAAACAUCUGGUUCAAACAUGAACUCAACCUUUGGGCUGUCCUCUUCAAAGAAAAAUGCAGAAGAUGGGGAUUUGUUCAAUGUUCAACCAUCAGUUUUCAGUCUGGAUAACAUCCAAUGUGAUGACCAGGCAGCUGCCGACUCAACCACUACACUCCUCCAAACACACGGCACUCGAGACUCCUCGAGAAUGGAAGAUGUAACUUUCCGUUUUGAUCAGAUCGUUAAUUCCAAGUCUCCUGAGUCGUGUUGGGCAUACCUGACGAACCUGGAGAAAAGAGGCAACCCUCACACGGAUAUCUGCCUCCUCAAUAAGCUGAAGGAUUGUUAUUCCAAAGUCUUUGCCAGGCUGCCGAUCAGACAGUACAGUAAAAAUGCCAGCUACGCCAGAAUACUGGUCAGAUAUGCAGAACUUAAAGGAAUUGAAGAUCCAGAUGAAGCACAGGACCACUUCAUCGUUGCCAGGUCCAACUGCAAAGGCUUUGCCCUUGUCCACAUUGCACACGCUCAGUUUGAGGCUUCUCAAGGUAACGUGAUGAAAGCAACUUCGAUUUUGCACAAAGCCCUAGCAUUGAAUGCCAAGCCAUCUGAGCUCCUGGACACGGCCAUGCGUAACCUAAAAGUUGGGGAAAAGCGGCUCGUGCCCUCCGUGGAGGAGGAUCCUCCGUCAGGAAACAUUUCUACCUUUGUAGAAAGCCAGGAAGUGCAGCUACCAACACGGGUACCGGUGAACCGCUCAGUUGAGAAGCCGAAACCUUUCAGCAAGGAGCCGACAUCGGAGUGGAAGAUGCCAACGCUCGUCAGCCGACACGUUUCUCCAGACGAUAAACGGACACCUCCUAAUCCCAGACCUGCUCCUUGUCCGUCCGUCCCAACUCCAUCCGUCCAGCUUCCAUCCAGACUGCACCCAGCAGCUGCUUUUCAGACUCCUAACGGGUACAGGAGUCGGAAUGAAAACAGCUUUAUUACUCCAGUGGUGAAACGAGGCCCUGAGGUGCCAUCAUCAUCAUCAUCAUCUGCUGCUGCAGCCGCACACACAACUGGAGCUGCUCAGCAGCCAUGCACACCUCUAAACCAAAUCCAGACUCCGCAGGCCUCAAUCACGUCUCUUUCAAAUGAGUCGAUCACCAUCAAGGGCAAGCAGUUUUUCAUCCUGAAGAUGAUCGGACGUGGUGGCUCAAGCAAGGUCUACCAAGUCCUGGAUCACAGAAAACAGCUGUUUGCUGUGAAAUACGUGGACCUUGAGGAGGCUGAUGCUCAGACCGUAGAAAGCUACAAAAAUGAAAUCGAACACCUGAACCACUUGCAGCAAUACAGCGAUCAAAUCAUAAAACUCUAUGAUUAUGAAAUAACCAACAGCUACAUCUACAUGUUGAUGGAGUGUGGAAACUUGGACCUAAACACUUGGCUGAGAAACCGCAAAACUGUGAAUCCCCUCGAGAGGAAGUUCUACUGGAAGAACAUGCUGGAAGCCGUCCAAACCAUCCACAAACACGGUAUUGUCCACAGCGAUCUGAAGCCGGCUAAUUUUGUCAUCGUGAAUGCGUCACUGAAGCUAAUCGACUUUGGCAUCGCAAACAGAAUCCAACCUGAUGUGACGAGCAUCAUGAAGGACUCGCAGGUAGGAACCCUGAACUAUAUGCCCCCUGAAGCCAUCAAAGAUACUUCAUCACAGCCAGGAAAGGCACGCUCUAAGAUCAGCCCCAAGGGUGACGUGUGGUCCCUCGGCUGCAUCCUCUACUGCAUGACUUAUGGCAAGACUCCGUUUCAAACCAUCACCAACCAAAUAGCCAAGCUGCACGCCAUCAUCGACACAUCCCAUAGGAUCGAGUUUCCUGACAUCGCAGAGAGGGAUCUGCUGGAUGUUUUGAAGAGGUGCUUGGUACGAAACCCCAGGGAGAGAAUCUCUAUUGCAGAACUGCUGGAACAUCCCUACCUCCAGCUGAAGCCACAGACAUCACCUGAACCAGAAAAUCCCUCCAACAGCGAUCUCAGAAGGAUUUUAACAGAUCUCGCAGCCCUCCAGUCUCCAAACAGCAUAAUCAGAGCCGCUAACAAUUUGGUAAAGAUGUGCAGCAGCGGCAGGAAACUGGACGUUGCUGAAUGUGCAAAGCCUUCUUCUUAAUGAUCCUGGACAAUAUGAUGUGGAUAUUCCUUCCUUUCCUUUCAUCUGUCCAUAAACACUUUAUCGCAGUGUUCUGCUGGAAGUUGUUGAAACUCACAAAUCAGUAUUUUUGUGUUUUCUCUUAAGCAAAACAUUGAAUUUUUAUGUAUAUUUAAAUUUCUAUCGUCUUGCUUUAUUUUACUUAUCUUUUCAUUUUUACAUAGUACAGUGAUGACUGUAAUCAUAUACAGUAUAGUGUAAU